AAAAGAGAAGAAAGAGAGUUGUACUAAUGACCGUCCUCAAACUGAUCAUUAGUACAAGCGACACGAUCGCACAGAACAUGGCGUGAGCUAUACUGCCUCGACGACCUAAUUGACCGUCCUCAAACGCAUGGCCUACGUCUCAGGGAUCAUGUUUUCUAACCCGGUAGCCCCAGCAGUUGCCCAAGUCCUCGGCUAUGUGCGAAUGCUAUUGAGCACCCACAGGAUCGACGACUGCUCCAUGUCGAAGACGCAUGCAUUGCGAGCCUUCCACAGGAGCCAGGAUGUGAGGAUGAUCAGUGAGGAUAUGCCUACCUGUCGCCUUGCCGGCGUCGCACCAUGAGACGCCGGCCACCACUCAAGAAAGUCAUCAUCCGGCAACGGAGGGGCUGCCGUGUCACACCUGCUCCUGUGUAGUAGUGGACUAAACAGGGAGAAGGGUAACUAGGCUGAGCCCAAUGGGCGUCUUGGGCCGCCUGUGGCCAAGCGUGUGUAAGCAACUACUUAAGUCUCCUGCUACGUUGUAUUUGUCAGCGAGCAAUUGAACUCUCUCAUUCUGAAUCUCAAUCCCCUUCUCCUACCUCGCCUCAUUGUCUGCUCUCCUCAUCCCAAAUUCUCUGUGCGAUCGAUCCCCUUCCAAGGUUCGGUCGUCACAAUUGGUAAUCAGAGCCUUCAAUUUGUCGGAUUUUUUCCCCACCGCGACUCCCAUACUCCCUUGGCCGGAUCGGUAAUAUCCACCGCCGUAGGUGUGAUUUCACUCCGGUGAGGUCGCGCGAAAUCCUACGCGGGGUUCGAUCUGCUCGGGGCGGGAGCCACGGCGCCUUCCAAACCUUCUGUGCAGACGCGACAACUACUAGCCACCAUGGGGGAGCAGACCAGCAACCUCACCGCCCUGAUGGAGACGCUCCUCUCCAGAUUUGACGAGGAAAAAGUGCUCGCGGACAAGCAGGCGGAGGCGCAGACAACAUUCAACACUCAAGUCUCGCAGGAGCUAGAAAGCUUGUCGAAGCAGAUCGGGCCACCCAGGCAGGCAGAGGUCGAUGAUGUGCGCAAGGUUGCGUCUCCGUCGGCUUCGUCGGCUCCGUCGACGGGCUCGCAAGUCGAUGAUCCCUCCGCCCCUGCGCCACGCCCAAGGGUAACACGGGAGGCCCCGACACCACCGGAGGUCUGUCCCGCACCGCCUCCGAGCGCCGUACCAAUUCCUCAAGUCAUCAUCGGCACGACUCCGUUCCCGCGGCUUACCAACGAAGGGCUGCCUCUGCUUCCUCGUCCCGCUGAUCAUAUUGGACUGCAGGAGCGCGGACCACAGCCAGUCACGCGCGAUGAGUACUACGCCCGUCCUCCCAAGCAUCAGUUCCCUCGGUUCGAUGGUGAGGCACCGCGUGUUUGGUUGGAUCGCUGUUUAGCUUAUUUUGAGCUGUAUAGGGUGCCGCCGCACAACUGGGUGGCGACUGCCGCGCUCUACGUCGAUGGCCACGCCGCUCUCUGGCUUAGAGCAUUUCGUCAGAUGCAUACAGACAUUACAUGGGAAAUGUUUCGCCGUGCAAUUGUGGAGGAAUUUGGUCCUGAAGAAUUUGAGUCCACAAUGCACAACCUGCUGCAGCUUCGGCAAACAGGGACAGUGGCAGAAUAUAGACAACAGUUUGAAGUCCACAUGUAUAAUUUGCUAGCGUUGGAUGCCUCUCUCAGCUCUAAAUUUUUUGUCACCCAAUUCCUGUUGGGCCUAAAGGAUGAGCUCCGAGAAGCAGUCCGUCUUCAGGCACCUACCAGCAUCACAAGAGCGACGGUCUUUUCUCGAAUUCAGGAGGAGGAACUUGAGAUUCAGCAUCCUCGUUUUCGUCCGUGUCUGCAGGACGGCCACUGCCCGUUCCAAGUACCUUGCCAACACUCGGGCGCCCCCCUCCAGCACCUGUCUUGCCCACUGCAGCAAUACCUCCAGCACGUGCUGUUCCGACACCCAAACCGGCUACUGACGAUUUUGGCCACGAACGCCAACUUCGCGACUACAGGCCACAGCAUGGUCUUUGUUUCAGAUGUGGGGACAAAUACUCAAGAGAACAUCAGUGCAAACGGUCAGCUCAGCUGCUUACAAUAGAAGUGGGUGAUCAUGGGGAGGUGCUAUCCGAUGAAGCUGU